GAACCAUUCAGCCCUAUGGGAAUUUCUCCUCCCAGCUAGCUAACGUCAGCUACAUCUGUGUCUGUCAGCCAGAGUAGAUGCAACGGAAGCAGAGGCAGCAGCGGCAGCAGUGUGGCAGUGGCAGUGACUUGGCUCAGGCGUCAGGCAGCCUCUCUGUGACAUUCUGCUUCAACUUAACUCAGAGGCGGCACAGUUAGCUCAGCUCAGUCUGGGAGGAAAAGUUUUUUUCUUUGGUUCCUGAGCAGAUUCUACUCAUUUAUGAAUGACUGAGGAGGGAUGCUCUGCAACUUGAGGAUACUUUUCUCAUCUGGAAACACGGUGGCUGUUACGGAUGGCUGAUGGGGAGUUGAUGCUGGAUUCUGCGCCUCUUGAGCAGGGAUGACCGACGCCUCCUGGUCUCCACCCUCCUCCUGCUCUUCAUCCUCUUUCUCCUCUGCCUGUGCUCACACACACACACACAACACACACACACACACACACACACACACACACACACACACACCCCGAACCCCUCUGGCAUGCGAGGGUCAAGUCAGCAGGAUUUCUCAACCACCUCAAUCCUCUCUCCAACUGUGUUGUGAUCCUGUUCCUCAGUGCCACACUUGACCCGAAGGCUUUCCAGGCAAAACAAAAGGAUUAACCAUGAACUUUGCUCUCACCAGGGGACACCAUCUGCCCUUAAACAGCAGACCCUGAGAUGUGAUGAAACUCAACUAAGAUCUUCAUGAAGAUGACAAAUCAAAACACACUUGUCAUGGUUGGAUGCCAAUAACCACAAGACCAUGGAAGGGGAUAACAUGCUGAACACCACUGUAAAUACCAGUACAAUGGAUAUCCACCUAGUGACGCACAGUCUCUGGGAGGUGAUCACCAUUGCAACUGUGUCAGCUAUAGUCAGCCUCAUCACAAUUGUGGGGAAUGUUCUGGUAAUGCUCUCCUUUAAAGUCAACAGCCAACUAAAGACAGUGAACAAUUACUACCUGCUGAGUCUGGCAGCUGCGGACCUCAUCAUAGGUGUUUUCUCCAUGAAUCUGUAUACCUCUUAUAUACUGAUGGGCUACUGGGCCCUAGGAAACCUCGCCUGUGACCUGUGGUUAGCAGUAGACUAUGUAGCUAGUAAUGCAUCAGUCAUGAAUCUGUUGGUGAUCAGUUUUGACAGAUAUUUUUCCAUCACCAGGCCUCUGACCUACAGGGCCAAGCGGACUCCCAAACGAGCUGGGAUUAUGAUAGGUUUAGCCUGGCUGGUGUCACUUAUUCUGUGGGCUCCACCAAUACUCUGCUGGCAGUACUUUGUAGGAAAACGAACUGUCCCUGAGAGGCAAUGCCAGAUCCAGUUUUUCUCUGAGCCAGUAAUAACCUUUGGGACAGCGAUUGCAGCCUUUUAUAUCCCCGUGUCAGUCAUGACAAUCCUCUACUGUCGAAUCUACAAGGAGACAGAGAAAAGGACCAAGGAUCUGGCUGAGCUCCAGGGGAUUAACUAUGCCACAGACUCUGGGGUCACUCAGCCUCAGAAGACCAUUAUCAGAUCCUGUUUUAGCUGUAAACUAAGAUCGGCUUCGCAUGACAGGAAUCAAGCCUCCUGGUCGUCUUCCAGCAGGAGCAAUGCUGCCAAAUCAGCAGCCACCACCAAUGACGAGUGGUCCAAAGCCGGUCAACUGACCACCUUCAAUAGUUAUGCCUCCUCAGAAGAUGAGGAGAGGCCUGUGUCCCCAGGAGGCUUCCAGCCUUCAUUCAGGAACCAGGCUUGUGAAGCCGGCAAGAGCGGAGUAGGCAGUGAGAGCGAGCAGCUCAGCAGCUAUGACGAGGACAGCUUCUUCCAGACACCACCAAAAAGCAACUCUCAGAGGAGCAGCAAGUGUGUGUCCUACAAGUUCAAACCUAUGGCCAAAGACACCCAUGUGGAGCACCAGAGCAAAAAUGGAGACACCAAAAUGGCAUCACCAACGUUUUCCUCAGCCGAGUCCAUGAGCGUUCCAUCCACCUCCUCGACAUCUAAACCCAUAGACGCCACGCUGAAGAACCAGAUCACCAAGAGAAAGAGGAUGGUGUUGAUCAAGGAGAGGAAGGCAGCUCAGACUCUCAGUGCUAUCUUGCUGGCCUUCAUCUUAACAUGGACACCUUAUAACAUCAUGGUACUGAUUUCCACCUUCUGCUCAGACUGCAUCCCCCUCUCCCUCUGGCACCUGGGCUACUGGCUGUGCUACGUCAACAGCACUGUCAAUCCCAUGUGCUAUGCCCUGUGUAACAAGACUUUUCAGAAGACCUUCCGCAUGCUCUUACUCUGCCAGUGGAAGAAGAAACGGAUUGAGGAGAAACUAUACUGGUAUGGACAGAAUCCUGUGGUCAGCUCCAAACUCACAUGAACUAUUUUUUUUUUUAAGAUGGUUUAUGACAAUGGUUGCAAAUCAUGUUUGUACUGAUGAUCUUGGCUUUAUGAACUUGAAUUCUAGAUACAUUUGGUGAUAUCAAAAGUAAAAAUGGUAUCUAAAGAAGCUGGUGCAACUUAAAAAGUUGCAUAUUAAUCAGUAGGUCUGCUAUAGUGUAUGUUACUUACUGCUCAAACUAUGGAAAUGGAAGAGGAUUAUAAAACUGUCCCGACAUACUGUAAUCAGUGACACUGUAUAUAGGUUCUACAAUAUUAAAAAUAUCAGUAUUUCCCCCAAAAUGAAAUGCUAUUGACUAACACAUAGAAUAUUUCAUAUUGUACUGUGAGUAUUCAAUAUGCACUGUUAGAUAAUUGGAAACCAUAAUAAAAUUGUUCCGGUGUAAUAUUCGUCACUGUAUAUUGGUUUUAAAGUGUUAAAAUUUGCAGUUUCCCCCUCAAGUUGAUGCUUUACACACAAGAUCUGUUUAAUAUUGUAGGUAUUGUGUUUGUAUUGAGGAUGCACAUGUUGGAGUUGCUAUUUUAUUUUCAAGGGCUAAUACGUGUGGUCCCGAUGUCAGAAUCUGCUUGCUCAAGUCAAGAUUGUAACUUGAUGAUAAUCAAAGCCUUUUUCACAUGUGCCAUUGUCAUUUGUAAGAAGAGUGAAUAUAGAUUCAGAUUCAUUGUUUUCACAUCACAUGUUCUGCUUUUUCUUCC